AUGCAGCGUGAGCUCCUAUUCAAGGUGUUGGUGAUCGGGGACCUGGGCGUGGGUAAAACAUCCAUCAUCAAGCGCUACGUGCACCACAUCUUCUCGCAACACUACCGCGCCACCAUCGGCGUCGACUUCGCCCUUAAGGUGCUCCAGUGGGACCGGGAUACCGUCGUCCGACUGCAGCUCUGGGACAUUGCCGGACAGGAGCGCUACGGCAACAUGACACGCGUCUACUACCGAGAAGCGGUGGGAGCGCUGGUGGUCUUUGACAGCACGCGAGCGUCCACAUUUGACGCCGUGCUCAAGUGGAAGGACGACCUGGACUCAAAGGUGAGGCUGAGCCACGGGAAGCCCGUUCCCGCCGUGCUCUUGGCCAAUAAAGCUGACCAAGCGUCAUGCCUGCAACCCCGACUGGACGCCUUCUGCAGAGACAACGGUUUUGUCGGCUGGUUCCAGACCUCGGCCAAGGAAAACAGCAACAUCGAGGAGGCCGCUCACUGCCUGGUGGAGCACAUCCUGGGCAACGAGGAGAGUCCCCCGACUGAGCGAGAGCCCGCCACGCUGCUCCUGUCGGGAUACGCCAACGCCACCAAGGAGCACCUCAGCUGUUCGUCAUGUCCCAAAUGAUGAGACACGUCCUGGCCAAUCACAGACAAGCAGGAAGUGGAUCAGGGACUAUAGCAGUUCUAAAAAGAAUCUAUUCAGCAUUUAACUGAAUGUGAAAAAUAUGAAAGGUGUCUGCCUAAGUUGUAAAUUAUGUGAAAGUGUUGCUUUAUAAUGAGAGGAAUUAAUUAUUAAACACAUGUUCAUGGCAUGCUGAUUUUGUUCAA